AUUGGGAUCAUAUGGCUGUUUUGAAAAAAAUGUCUCUGGUGACCGAGGUGAUAAAACGUGUUAUCAUUGGCAUGCACUGCACGGGGUAGCAUGAUCAUGGACGGCAGGUCGUGCAUGACACUCCAUCAACACCAACGGAAUGUGUGUGUGUGAGUGUCAGUAUGCACAGCAAGCAGCAUUGGAGAUUUUCACUCCUGCUUAAUCUAUAAAACGCGACUUCAAGCCGACCUUUGCCUCUCAGUAUCUGUUUCGUAGUUUGCAGUUUAGGUCUGUACGUCCUCGCGUACAUGUUGAACAAUAUGCACAUGGCACGUAAAGACCACGAGCAGAACAGAUCGCACUAGUGAUUCCACAGCAUAACAAAAUAGUACAAAACACCGUAAAGAACAAUUGAAUCAUAAAUACAGUAUUUCCCUGCAAAAAAUACGUCACAACACAGAAGAAACAGCACAAGGCCAGCACCUUGUUCCUUCCAAGAAACUAGACAUGAUAAUAUUUCUCUCUAUCUGAAAAGAAUAAAUAAUCAUGACAAAUAUGUUGUCAGAAGCCAUAAAGUCGCUCUUUGUUGUGGCUCAUCAAGGACCACACAAGUUUUCUUGGUAUAAAAUGUAUCCAUCUGUAUCCCACCGCCUUCCUUUGUACAAACUUGUAUUUUGGCCGAGACCAGAUGUAUCCUGCAGGACUACGUAAUGCUUUCACACUCUCUCUCACACACACAGACACACACACACACACACACAGUUACAUACAUCGUGAUUUACCUUUUCACUAGUUUUGUUUAAAUUUUUUUAUGUAUUAAUAGAGUUUAUUUCAGACUUCUCAUAAUACACACAUAAAUAUACACGCAUACAGACACACAUCAAGUAAAGAUCAGUAAGUGUGAGCGUGUACACCUCUGCUCCUGUGGAUUACUAGCUGGACUCCCCAGCUGUGCUUCCCCGGAGAAUCACAGCCUGAAGUAGUACAAGUGAGGCUGAAACUUCUUACACAAUUCACACCGAGUCUUCUUUUUGUUCUCUCAACAGUGAAAACUUCUCCAUCUAAGUUGGCGUGAACAUCAGCCUGCUAAGUGACAAGAAAAGACAUUACCACCAAGCUGAUGAUAAAAGGACACACUGGAGUCUAGUAAUGAAAGAGCAGACGCAGCAGCUCAGAUUGCCAACCAAGGACCUGAGGUCACCUUCACUAUUCCCAGAAGUGCCUCCUCCAUAAAGAAACAGUGGACAGGGGUGCUUUGUCUGCGACUCGCUCCCUGUUCGAAACUGCACUUGAGGAAGAGUUGAGGUUAGCGGCGAUGUACGCCACAGCCACCAGUCGCGAACCACCCCACUUUCCGCCACGCCUCGCUCCGAGUGUGGCAACCUCUGUAACUCAUCUCUGACUUGGUUACCUAUGUGCGGUACAGUCACAGCCUUGCCCACACUGCCUAGCGGAGGAAGGCACCCUCUCCUUCAUUACGCGUUACGGUGCCCAGCCACCAUGAACAUACACCGCCAGCUACACCGCUAUCAGGGCACGGAUGAGGACAGGGGAGCAAAAGUCAUCGUUGUAACCCUUCCUCCCUGUUCUGAUGAAACGUGUGCGAGAGAUACCCGCCGCCACGCUAAACCUCUUAUAAGAUAAUCGAUAUUUUUGACGGGCUCCAGACAGUCCCUGUAUCCCUCACUCAAAGAGGGAUACUAUAAACUACCACCACCACCACCACCAACAAGAAGCUAACGAGUAGUGUGUGUGUAUAUGUGUGUGUGCUGCAGGCAAGAUACAUAUAGUAUCUUGAGCAAGUCUUUAACACAGGCAACAAAAGCAACCGCUAAGAGCACAGUCACUGCCGCCAGCCUCUAACGGUGAGAGGGAAGAAGGAGGUAGUUUCACGUCUUCGUGGAAAUUCAUUUGUUGAUAGGCGUAGAACUCUAUUCACUACACACACACACACACACACACACACACACACACACACCUCUCAAUCCAUUAACCCGCCUGUCACGUUUACUCAUUUCCAUUCUCCCACACUCACUGCCGCCACAUAUGUUAUUCGUCCCUUCUGACCUAGUGAGACACACUCACGCGCCCCACUAACCUCUUCACUGUUCCCAUUGUCCUCUCCAUAUUACUGUCCACCUCGUAUUUAUCUCUUCUCUUUGCCUUUUCUAGCCUCCUUCUCGUUUGAAUUAUAAUAAAGAAUAUGUGUAGACAGGACAUUUGACUAAUGGUGAUGUACGAGUACUGCACUUUGCUUUUCCAUUUGGCCUGAUUACUACUCCAUAGUUUUGUGAUGCUUGUUUUCUUCACACCGCGUAAUAUAAAAGAUGUACGUACAGGGAAUCAAUAGUGUGUGUGAUUCACCUACGGUCCUCUGCUGGUCACCCAGCCAGCCGUUCCCCUACGGAAAGAGCUCAGAGCUCAAAGUGACCGAUCUUUGGGUAGGACUGAGACCACUGACACACCACACACCGGGACAGCGAGGUCACAGCCUCUCGGGUUACAUCCCGUACCUACUUGCUGCUAGGUGAACAGGGGCUACACCAUUAAGAGGCUCGCCCAUUUGCAUCACCGUGCCCGGGAUUCGAACCCGAGCCUUCUUGGUUGUGAGCCGAGCGUGAUAACCACUACACUACUACUACUACUACACUACUACGGUGUGUGUGUGUGUGUGUGUGUGUGUUUAGAGAUGUUCAUGAGGCGGCCCAUUCAUUAGUGUAGUCAAGACGGCGCAAUACAUGAAGAACCACAGACACAAGUACAAUUACUCACAGAAGCAGCAGAAACAGCGAACACGAGGACGGCGCACGGAGGCUGGAGGGCGGUAUGAUGGAUCAGGAUGGGGGCGGCGCUUUACACUUGCGGGUGGCGGCCGAGCAGUGGGUACCUUGGCUGAGGAUCACGAAAAACCAGGACACCGGCAGCCUCACCUACUCAGGCAUCAUGCACAACAUCCUACUAGCUCUCUCCAGCACCAUGAAUUUCACGUACGAGCUGAGGCGACCUCCGGAUGGCCUGUGGGGCGUGGGCUACCCGAACGGCACGUGGGUCGGUCAGCUGGGCAUGGUGAAGCGCGGGGAGGUGGAUUUCGCGCUGGGUCCCUUCGCCUUCAACUGGGAACGUUACCACUACGCAUGUGAGUUCACGCAGCCAAUCUUCAUCGACUACGAGAGCGUCUUCAUGCGCCGCCCGAGGAUUGAGACUGACCUGUUCGCCUUCGUGCGGCCUUUCACGUGGGAGGUGUGGCUGUGUCUGCUGGGUGCGCUUGCCCUCAUCUGGCUGGCACUGGUCCUGCUCCUCCAUCUCACCCCCAGUGCGCAAGGAGAACAGCGGGAGACAAGGAAUACCCGGAGAUCGCAUUUGGUGUGGGUAGUGAGGACGCUUGCCAGCCAGAGCAACCCGUGGAUGCCGCUGAGCGGGAGUCGACGCGUGGUGACAGCAGCCUGGCUGCUGGCCUGCCUCAUCUUCCUCUCCUCUUUCUCCAGCACCCUCACCGCCAUGCUCACCGUGCCCCUGGUGCGGUUGCCCAUUGACAGCAUGGAGGACCUUGUGGGCCAGACUGCCAUCCCUUGGGCCAUAGAGUCUGGCGGCUUCCUCUACCAGAUCCUUUACACGGCGACUGAUGGCCUGUACAAGACGAUCUGGGACGGACACUCGGCCAGGAUCACCGACUGCUACACCUUCAGGCAAGACAUCGGCGACGGGAAGUACGCGGCAAUCUGUGACAAGAUGACCAUGAAGAAGGUGAUGUCCGAAGACUUCAGCGUCAGAGGGGAAUGUAAUUACUACAUGGCGCGUGAGGACUUCAAGGCCAUGCCGCUGGCCCUCGCCUUCCAGCACCACCACCCCUUCUACUCCCAGGCCAAUCAGCGUAUCCUGGAGCUGGUCAACAAGGGUCUGGUGGAUCGUUGGAUACAGGAGCAGCUGCCCAACGGCACGGCCUGCCUCAGUCCCCCGGGGUCUGACCUGGUGGGCGCCAAACGACCUCUCUCCCUCAAGGACUACUACGGCCUCUUCUCCAUGUUUGGCAUCUGCAUGUUGGCGUGGUCUCUGGUGCUGUGUGUGGAGGUGGUGCUAGCUGCUGCCUCUUCAAGGAGCUACAGGAGCUUCCACUCUCAUCUCCUUGCACGGAUCACAAAGAAAAACAGUUAUACCAACUCCACCGGUUCCCUCUCCAAGUAACUCUACACACGUGGGUGUCAAAGGCCUCCUGAAGUCCCUGCGCGCCUGAUAGACAAUGCUGUUUACUCCUCGCCAACACCGUAUCCUCUGCUUCUUAUUUUAGCACCCAAACGUCAGCACGUUUCCAAUAUUCAUCACCAAGAGGGGGAAAGGGAAUUAAUAAGCGUUUUCAUAUCAGUAACAGGCGGGCGAGAGAGAGAGAGAGAGAGAGAGAGAGAGAGAGAGAGAGAGAGAGAGAGAGAGAGAGAGAGAGAGAGAGAGAGAGAGAGAGAGA